AUGAAAAAAAAUCAGAAACUGAAAAAAAUAUUGAGUGCAGGUACGUUGCUCCUCACUUUCUUUUUUACUGCGUGCCAGGGAGGCAGGCAUGUUUUAGAUGCGAUAACUGGUAGUUCUACUCCGCAUAUAGACGGAAAAAGAAAAAUGAUUGAAAUAUGCAGUCCCACAGACAUCCUUCAGUCCGCACAGAGCAGCAAGAAACAAAAGAGAGAAAGCUCAGUAAAAGAAACGGCAGAGCCAUCUUCAGCACAGAAAAAUGCUGAAAAAAGAAUAAAAGAUGAAGAGUGCCCCUUUAAGGACCUUCAAAGGCUGGAGAAGGGGAAGACAAGACGUAAAGUGGAGAAAUUGCAGGUAAAAAACCUUGAUACCAAACAGUGGAAUGAAAAAAGGCUGGAAAACUCGAGGAGAAAAAGAUAUAAAACAUGCCACCAAACAGUGUAUAUCCGCGACAUUUCUGAUAAACCUAUGAAAGAAGAGCCAAGGUUAGAACUGUACCAGCAGAAGCUCAGAGAGGACAUUGAAGAGUUUUCAACACACAUUGCGCCUAUAAUAGACCGCAAUGCGAUGCUGUUCUUUGUUGCAUCAAGGUCUAUAAAUAUAUACGCAAAGUACAAGGAUCUUUGGGGGAUAAAGAGUUGGCUCGCGAAUGAAGAUAGCAGAAAAGACGAGUAUGUAUUGUAUAAAAAACUGCUGAAGAGCUUCAAGGGAUACUAUCCUGGCGUGAUUGAAGAUAUCAUAGCAUAUGUGAGAAAACACCGUCCUAUUCGAAUUGUCAGCACAGGCAUUCCUCAAACUGAGUGGAGGAAGAGCCUGGGAGAUCUUUAUUUGCAAGAGACUCUUAAGCCAAAUUGCGGCAUGAUGGGAGAGCGUGCCAUAGUCAGUCAGAUGGACAGAAAAUACCUCGAGCUUGAUCUGGCUGUGCGGAUGCUCCUUGCAAUGUCUGAAGUGCACCAGGACUUUUUCAAAAUCAGUGAAGAGUUUAUAGAGUACACUGAGGUCACAGAAGAGACAGAGAUGAACAGAAAUAAUUAUCGAAUUGUACUGGAAAUACACAAAAUAGUGCAAAUGUAUCUGGGAGAAGAAGCAGAAGAAACGGUGUACGAAGAGCUCUACAGCAUUUUAAAGUCUAUGCACGAUGAAGGAGCGCUGGAAGAGCUCACAGCAGCUGCAAUUUACAAAAAAAUAUACACAGCCCUUGGGAUUUUCUACGAAAGAGCCCCGUUAAUUGACGAGAAUGAGUAUGUUCUGGCGGGGAAGUGCAUAGUCACGAACCAGCAGUACAUGAAGUGCAAAGGGAAAAUAAAGAUAGCAUCAGAUGACUACGAGGAAAAGCAUUUGGAGACUACAUACUCACAAGAGGAGAACAGGUGGAGUAUUUUGCCGGACGUACAGGAACACUAUCAUGUGUACUACCUGGACAAUACAAAGCAGCAGCUUGAGAUGCUGUGCAUGCCUGUGCAUAAAGAAGACGGCUGUGAAGAAGAGUUUUAUCUUCACACAAUCAGUGACAUAGUGAGACACAUAAAAGUACUGUAUGGGGUAAAAGAGCAGUCAGACACCAUACACCCGUUUAAAGUAAAAAAAGAAACAAGAGAGUGGACAUACAUCAGAGAGAAAGACCGAAAUGAAACACUAAAAAAUUUGGCAGAGUACGAGGUGGUCUUUUACCAAAUUGAAGAACAUCUAGAAAGCAAAAAGUUUACUUUCGCAGAGUUUAGGCCUUUGUACUCUCAUGACAGCUGCAGCAUUUGUGUGCCGCUCUUUCUUACGCCUCUGAUGCAGUCUGCAGUGGACCUAGGGCCUUUUAUCAAAAAAGAAGAACAUACGGAACUCGAUUCGAUAUAUUUUGAAAGUCAGGAGCCAAGCAUAUACAAGUACAACCAUGCUUAUAAAGGCCAGAAAUAUACAGAUGUGCACAAAUACUACAGCAAUCUGUACAUACUGCCAGAUGCACAGAAGAAGAAAACUUUUAGCUGCUACGUUAUGAACUGCAGCUCUAGUAGAAAAUCAGAUGGUACCGUUGAGGCCGUGUGGUAUGUGAGGGUGCCAAGCAGUGUAGACGAGUACACGCACUGUCUGCCAGAUAGAUCUUUCAGAGAGGAAAAAAACAUAGAAAAGUUUAACGCGUUUAUCGAAACAGUAAAGUCAAGAGAGUACCACAAGGACAGCGACCUGCAGAGCAUUUGGCUGUGCAAUAACAGCACAAAAGAUAGUGCAUUAAGUGGGCCAGAGUCAGCAAUAUACAACUGGCAGGUGAAUAGCAAACAGUGCAAGCAGGUUAUAACCCAGAAAGAACGAAAUAGGAUAGAGCUAAGGGUAAAAAAGGCUGAAGAGUACCUUAAAAGGGCGGAGGCUAGGCAGAAAAGUUUAGGAGUGAAGCAUAAAAGCGAUACAAAGGAAAUACAGAGGAAAAAGAGAGCGGCAAACACUGCCAAAUGCAGGGCAAAAGCAAAGGUGGAUCGCCUGCGCGAAGAGUCACACAUAAAACUUUCUAGACAGCCAACUGUCGCACAGGCCGAGCUCAUCGUGCUCAGAAAUGUGAACCACAGCAAGUCCAACCUCGGAGCACACAACGAGAUUCUUGAUGCUUUGAUUUCGACCUACAAGUGCCAAAAAUACACCCCCAUAAAUAAAUAG